GCCCGCCCAAGGACAACCCAGUCUCGCCCCGGAACCGCUCGUCCAACUACAGCAGCAUCGACGCGACAUGAAGGCAGCUUUAUCAUCGCAGUCCUGGAGGGUCGCGGAGUUUCUCGCGAAGUCGGCUUGGCUGCCUUAGACAGGGAUACAGGAAGAGUGAUGCUUGUUCAGCUCGCAGAUUGUCAGACGUAUGUGAAGACACUGCACCAAAUGCAUCUGCAUACACCUUCCCUCGUCCUUGUGCCUGACACCUUUCUGUCUGCGACGGACUCGUCCCUUACUGUGACGUCAGGCAAAAAAGUGAUUGAAACCUCAUUGCUCGUGCAAUGCAUACAGAACGAAUUUUUAAGUGUCCCCGUCGAGCCCGUUCUUCGAAAAUAUUUCAAUGAGGACGUUGGCCUCAAUUUCAUCAGUCAGCUUUGUGUUGAGGAUGAUGAGCGGGCCGCUACUCUUCUUGCUGCCUCGAACAAAUACUAUGCGCUGUCCGCUGCAUCAGCGCUCUUCAAAUACGCCGAGAUGAAACUCAACACCCGUUUUGCCGCAAAUACGCUUCGGAUCCGUUUCAUGCCUCCUCACGGAACCAUGUUGAUAGACCCGGAAACUGCUCGUAAUCUCGAGCUCGUUGAAAACAUGACCUGGAAGAAGUCGCCUCACUCAUUAUUCGGGAUACUUAACCACACCUACACCGCUAUGGCUAGCAGGUCUCUGCGUGCUGCAAUACUGGCGCCUAUCACAGUGCAAGCAACCAUUGAUGCCCGGCUAGAUGUUGUUGAAGAGCUCGUUGGAUCAGAAUCACUCUUCAUUCAAGUCAAAGACGCUCUGAAGCAGAUAAAUAAAAUGGAUUUCGAUAAGUUGAUCUCAAUGGCAACCAAGGCGGCGAGUAACCGUGUCUCUCAACUGCUCAAUCUUCGAAAUUUGGUGAAAAGUUUGCCUGCGCUGCAGAAAGCAUUAGUUGGAAGCCGCAGCGAAUUACUUCAAAUUAUAUGCGAGAUGAUCUCUGAUGACAGGCUUGCUACGAUAGAAGCGCUCGUGUGCGAUAGCUUGAAUGAGGAUGCAAGCCCUUACAAGGGUGGGAUCGGUGCCGUUAACGCUCGCGUAUAUGCAGUCAAGGCCAAUCGGAAUCCCCUUUUGGACGUUGCUCGCGAAACGUACAAAGAAAACGUUGGAGAUAUCUAUGCCUUGCAACGCGCUCUGGUUGAGAAGUAUGACCUUCCGUUGAUGCUGAUAUAUCAGGGCUCUGGGUUUGUGUUUACGAUCGGAAAUAAUUACGUCGACGGAAAACUUCCAAUCGGCUUCAUCGACGCGAACCUGAAGAAAGGCAAGUGGAUUUUCAGUAGCAUGGAGUUGAAAAAAAGGAACUCACGGAUGAAGGAUGCCCUGGAUGAGACCUUCCUUCUGAGUGAUGCGACAAUACAUGGCCUCGUCAUUGAGGCUCUUCGUGACAUUGGGGCUUUGUACAAAGCCUCUGAAGCUGUCGCUCUUCUGGAUAUGCUUUGGUCAUUUGCCCACAUCUCAAUCUUCCGGCCUGAGUUCACGGACACGCUUGCCAUCAAAGCUGGACGGCAUCCAAUACUUGAGGGUGUCCAAUCAUCCGGGAUACUCGUGCCUAACGAUGUUUACUGCUGCGAGUCAUCUGCUUUCCAAAUCGUGCAGGGACCCAAGUAUACCCAUGAAACAGGAAAAAGUACCUAUCUCAGACAAAUUGGUCUUCUGACGAUCAUGGCUAUGUGCGGAUGUUUUGUCCCUGCCGAAUAUGCCAGCUUCCGGAUUUAUAAUUCCCUUCUCACUCGUCUUUCAAAUGACGAUGACAUGGAGAAAAAUUUGAGCACAUUUGCCAACGAAAUGGCAUCCUCUGCGAUGAUAUUAGGACUCGCAGACUCUGACUCGCUGGUUUUGAUCGAUGAAUUGGGCCGAGGGACCUCUCCGAAAGAGGGUGUUGGUAUUUCGCACGCAAUCGCUGAAGCUUUGAUCAAGAAAAAGUGUUUUGUAUUUUUUGCGACGCAUUUUCAUCAGUUGUCAAUCACACUUUCGCGACAACCUUCAGUUGUUAACCUGCAUCUCUCGGUUCAAAAAAGUCGACGUUCAAGUUCGAAUUUUGGGAUGUUCCAUUCUCACUAUUCAAUGUACAGAAUAGUUGAUGGAAUCCUCGAGAACAUGGGGCACUACGGGAUCGAACUCGCACGCCUUGCAGACUUGCCUAAAGACGUGUUGGAGGAAAGCAACUCAGUCGCAAGCUGCUUAGCAAGGCUUGAAGCACAACGUCAUGACAAGAGUGACUCUACCAAGAUCACAGCUCGCCGAAAGGCUUUGCUCAGACUUCGCCAGCAGCUCGCGCAAGCCCUUGACUACUCGGCACUCCCUAUUGACGAAUUUGCAGCGUAUAUCGAGCGUUUCCAAAGAGAGAUUGUUGUGGCCCUC